AUGGCUUCUCCCUCCCCGCCCGUCACCAAAGAGGUCCGCCGCAAGGUGCUCAAGGUGCUAUUUUUCUCGCUGCUGCUUGACCUGAUUUCCUUCACAUUCAUCCUCCCGCUGUUCCCGAAGCUCCUUGAAUUCUACCGCGACCACGAAACCGCCCAAGCCUCGUCCAACACCGUACUCAAUCGCGUACUCUCCGGCUUGAACGCCUACAAGAAUGCUUUUGCGAAGCCCAUUAACGACCGCUAUGACAUUGUUCUGCUCGGCGGCGCACUCGGAUCGCUCUUCUCCUUCCUGCAAGCUAUCGCCUCUCCCAUAAUUGGCACGCUCUCGGACAAGUACGGACGGCGCACGGCGCUGCUCUGGUCGAUGACGGGCAACAUUCUCUCGGUGGCUCUGUGGGUUGCGGCGACCGAUUUCCGCACAUUUCUGGCGUCGCGUGUGGUGGGCGGAUUGAGCGAGGGCAACGUGCAGCUGGCCAUGGCCAUCGCGACUGACAUCAGCGACGAGGCGCAGCGGGGCGCCACCAUGGCUCUGGUCGGCGCCUGCUUCAGCAUCGCCUUCACCUUCGGCCCCGCUCUAGGCGCCUGGCUGUCGACCAUCACGACCGUCGCCGCCAACCCAUUCGCCACCGCCGCCGGUUUCUCGCUCUUCCUGAUCGUGACCGAGACGCUGUAUCUGUACUUCGCUCUGCCCGAGACCCUGCCCACUGUAUCCAACGGCGACGCGAAGCCCGCCACCGCCAAUGGCAAGGUCAAGGACGAGAAGGCCGAGAAGCCCCACGUCCGCACCAACUCGCACGCCCUGCUCAACUUCACGCACUUCAUCUUCAUCCUCUUCUUCUCCGGCAUGGAAUUCUCGCUGCCCUUCAUGACGUACGAUCUCUUCGCCUACGGUUCCAAGCAGUCCGGCCGCCUGCUCGGCUUCAUCGGCCUCGUCGCCUCGCUGCUGCAGGGAUCCGUCACUCGCCGCCUGCACCCGCUGCGCGUUGUGCAGACGGGCGUGCUGAGCUGCGCCGUCGGCUUCUUCCUGCUCGGCCGCCUGAACACCGAGAAGCAGCUGUACGCCGCCGCGGCCUGCCUGGCCGUGACGAGCGCGACGGUUGUCACGGGUUUGAACAGCUUGAGCAGCUUUGAAGCUAGCCAGGGCGAGAGAGGCGGCAAGUUGGGUAACCACCGCAGCUGGGGUCAAAUUGGGCGCUCUCUUGGCCCUUUGAUUUUCUGUUCCUUGUACUGGUGGGCUGGUCGCGAAUUUGCCUAUGCUGUUGGUGGAGCAGGCAUGGUUGGCGUGUGUGGGGUGGUGUUUGGUGCACUAAAGAUGCCGCCUGGAACGGAGGUUAAGAGGAAGAGUAAGGGUGCCGCGGCGGAUACAUCUGUGAAGUCAUAA